AUGGCAUCACCGGUUGACAGCACGAUCACAGAAGUUGGCGGCAGAGCCCUGCUUGGUAGUACUGGCACCCCUUCUAUUCAGGAAGACUCCAGCACUCAAACAACUAUGGAAACUAUUCAAGCAAGUGUUUCAUCUGGAAAUGCAAAGGAAGAGGCCCAAGUACCAAGGUACUCCAACCUUCAUGCUCUUCUCGCCUCACUGAAGCUCCCAGAUGGUCUGACAGAAAAAUUUUCGACAGACAAAGAGCAACCUGUCAAUUUUGUUGUGGUUGGGAAAUAUCAGGUUGGGAAGUCGGCUCUUAUCAAUUCCAUGUUUUACAAAAAAGCCCAAGGCUUCAAAGAAAUUGCAAUAGAAGGAGAUAUGGAACCAACCACCGACGUGAUAGAGUGUCACGGCCCUUGCGAAGUGCAUGGCAUCGAAUUCCACAUCUACGACACAAUGGGUUUGCAGGAUGGGAGGAGGAAAGACAAGGCUCACGUGAGUAAAAUCAAAGAAAUAUUUACCACAGCACACCUGAUAAUUUACUGCACCAAGCUGCAGGAGCCCAUUCGACCAGAUGACGUCAGCACUCUCAAAUCCCUCACAAAGGCAUGCGGAAAAUCAUUUUGGAAGAAUGCGGUGAUUGCGCUCACAUUCGCUAAUGCAGCAGCUCCUAACGAUCCAGAAAAACAAAAUUGGUUUGGAGACCUGCUUCAAAGAAAAAAGGAAAAAUUGCACAAGUGUUUCGUUGAGGAUCUUGGCAUCUCGGAAGAAGUGUGGGGUACACUUUCACAGCACACAGUGGCAGUGGGAAACCACAGUACGCCCUGA